AUGCCAGGGCUGCUGAUCGGUGCCUCGGCGUUUCUGAUUUUGCUGAGCUUGUUCCUGAAGAUGCGAAGCCUGCCUGAGACCAGCGAGGAGGCGGUGGCAGCGAGCUCCAAGCCGUGGCAGCGCUUCUACCGGGGCUGGCUGCUGCCCCUGAUUGGCAUCGUCACGCUGCUCGCUGUGGGCGUUUCGCUGUCGGUGUGGAUCGGGGGCUCCGCGCUGUACGCGGCCAUGCUGAUCUUCCUGCCGAUUGGGCCGCUAAACAAGUUCAUCCACGCCCGCGUGGAUACCUUCCUGCUGUGCUACGCCGGCAGGGGCUCCGACCUGGUCUUCUGGCAAAACGUGCUGCAGGUCCUGGUGAAUCUCCCACUGCUGCUGGCCAACUGUCUGGCUGCAGAGGCCGCCGGCUGCGGAAAAGAGGACCAGUCUGCUGCAGAGCUGCAGGCGGCCACAGCGGUGAUCCUGGUAGGUGUGGGCGCGCUCGCCUUGCCUUGCUUGUACUUCCUGGCGGUGGAGCCAUUUCGCCGCCCAUCCCAUCGCUUGUGCCACUUGGUGGACGAGAGCCUGGGCUGGCACGAGGAAUAGUUCUGUCACAUAUACCACCAGGCCCCUGGACCAUACACCCG